AUCAAUAGUUUAAAAAACUGUCAUCGCAAGUUACACCAAUGUGUGUUUUAUUUUUUCACUGCUAUCAUGGCAGACGAUUUACAGAAUUAUAAAUGUCAAUUGCAGCAAGUAGAAGCAGCGUUACAGACAGACCCAACCAAUGAAGAGCUCUUAAAAUUGAAAGACGAUUUGGAAGAAGUUAUUAAACUCACCAGAGAUCUUAUAAAAACACAGUUAGAAGAGCAACGAAAAUCUUCGUAUGUAGAACCCUCUUCCUCUAAAACAGCGUCGGCAAACUACUUUGACGAAAUUGAAGCUGCUCUUUUAGAAGCUGAAAAACUUGUCACAUCCGCUAAAGUCUGGAAAAUUGGAGACAAAUGUCAAGCUAAAUGGACUGAGGAUGGCCAGUACUACGACGCAACUAUUGAGGGAAUAACCAGUGAAGGAGAAGUUAGUGUCAUCUUCGAUGCCUAUCAAAAUCGAUCCACAACAACGAUAAAAGAAUUGCGUGAGCGUACAACUCGCAAUGAAGUAUUUCCAUCAAAUAAACGCCAUCGACCGAAUCAAAAAGAAUAUUUAAAGAAACGCAAGCAAAAAAAGCAGCAACGAUUUAAAGACUUGGAAGAGGAACGUGAAUCCGAUAAGAAUAAAUGGCUGAACUUCACAACCAAGAACCAAAAGAAACCAGGCAUGAAAGUAAAUAGUAUUUUCGCCUCGCCUGACAAUGUCUCUGGCAGAGUAGGUAUUGGCACAUGUGGUACUGGUGGCAAGGGUAUGACUGACUUUACUAUUGGCGAGAAAUAUCGUAAGGGUUUGUAGCCUACAAAUUGUAGGUUACAUAUAGACAUUUAACUGAGUAAUAAAUUUGACUAUAUCAAUUACAACA